AUAUAAAAUAAUAAAAGCCCAUAAGCGUGUAUCGCUUCAUUUCCCUCCCCAAUUUGAAACCUUUCUCUGUGGGGUGGAAAACCCAAUAUAACGUUGCAAGAACAUAGUCCCCAAUAAACUUUCUAAAUUAGAAUCAAAAGCGAAGAGAAAUUAGAGAGAAAAAUUAAGUGAACAACGCAGGAUCUCAAGAAAAGAUGAUGAGAUUUUUUGGUAUGGGAAAGGACUCCACCGUCGAUGUGUCGCCGCAGUCAUUCGGUCAUUCGGCGUCUGCAUCAGCGUCUGUGUCGGCCGCCCCGGUGACGGGUCCCGCAAGGCCGAUUCGGUUGUUGUACUGUGACGAGAAAGGGAAGUUCCGGAUGGAUCCGGAAGCGGUCGCGGCUUUGCAGCUUGUUAGGGAACCAAUUGGGGUCGUUUCGGUCUGUGGCCGGGCUCGUCAAGGCAAGAGCUUUAUUUUAAAUCAGCUACUUGGAAGGAGUAGUGGAUUUCAAGUAGCACCAACUCAUCGUCCGUGUACAAAAGGGCUUUGGUUGUGGAGUGCACCAUUAAAGAGAACUGCUCUUGAUGGAACUGAGUACAAUCUUUUGCUGUUAGAUUCUGAAGGAAUAGAUGCCUAUGAUCAAACAGGAACAUACAGCACACAGAUUUUUUCAUUAGCUGUCCUCUUAUCUAGUAUGUUCAUCUACAACCAGAUGGGAGGUAUAGAUGAAGCUGCACUGGAUCGUCUUUCUCUUGUCACUCAGAUGACAAAACAUAUUCGAGUUAAAGCUGGAGGAAGAACAACCUCAGCUUCUGAACUAGGGCAAUUCUCCCCCAUCUUUGUUUGGCUUCUAAGGGAUUUUUAUCUGGAUUUGGUGGAGGAUAAUAGGAAAAUAACUCCCCGUGACUACCUAGAACUUGCUUUGCGGCCAGUUCAAGGUAGUGGGAAGGAUAUAGCUGCCAAAAAUGAGAUCCGAGACUCUAUUCGAGCUUUAUUUCCUGAUAGAGAAUGCUUUACCCUUGUGAGGCCUUUGAACAAUGAAAAUGAUCUGCAAAGGCUUGAUCAAAUUUCGCUUGACAAACUGAGACCUGAAUUUCGAGCUGGGCUUGAUGCAUUGACAAAGUUUGUUUUUGAGAGAACGAGGCCGAAGCAGGUUGGGGGUACUGUACUGACAGGGCCUGUUCUUAUUGGUAUCACACAAUCAUAUCUGGAUGCUUUGAAUAAUGGUGCUGUGCCCACAAUAUCUUCCUCAUGGCAGAGUGUUGAAGAAGCUGAGUGUCGGAGGGCAUAUGAUUCUGCUGCGGAGAUUUAUAUGUCAACUUUUGACCGUACAAAACCACCUGAUGAGGUGGCAUUGAGGGAAGCCCAUGAAGAAGCAAUUCAAAGAGCGCUGGCUGCAUACAAUGCCAGUGCUGUAGGGGUUGGUUCGAUGAGAAAGAAAUUCGAGGAGCUUCUAAAGAAAUUCUUCAGAAAGGCAUUUGAGGAUUAUAAAAGGAAUGCAUUUAUGGAAGCGGAUAUGCGUUGUUCAAAUGCCAUAGAAAGCAUGGGAAAGAGGUUGAGAGCAGCUUGCCAUGCCUCUGAUGCAAGUAUAGAUAAUGUUGUGAAGGUUCUUGAUGCUCUUCUAUCUGAGUAUGAAGCAUCAUACCAUGGCCCUGGAAAAUGGCAGAAACUGGCUGUAUUUUUACAGCAAAGUAUGGAGGGGCCGGUACUGGAUUUAACCAAGAGACUUAUAGAUCAGAUUGGAUCAGAGAAGAGCUCCCUCAUAUUGAAAUGUCGUUCAAUUGAGGAUAAGAUGAAGUUACUCAGCAAGCAACUGGAGGAUAGUGAGAAAUAUAAAUCCGAAUAUCUGAAGCGAUAUGAUGAUGCUAUCAAUGACAAAAAGAAACUUGCUGAUGAAUAUGCGAACCGUAUGAAUAAUUUACAAGCUGAUAACAGUUCACUGAAGGAAAGAUGUUCUAGUUUAAUGAAAGCAGUAGAUUCUGCCAAGCAAGAAACGUUAGACUGGAGAAGAAAAUAUGAUCAGGUGUUGUCGAAGCAGAAAUCCAAAGAAGAUCAGGCCACCUCAGAAAUUGAAGUGCUCAAGUCGCGGAGCACUGCUGCUGAAGCUAGGCUGGCUGCUGCUAAGGAGCAAGCCGAGUCUGCACAAGAGGAGGCGGAGGAGUGGAAAAGGAAGUAUGACUUUGCUGUUAGAGAGGCAAAAGCAGCUCUGGAGAAGGCAGCAAUUGUGCAAGAGCGCUCAAGCAAGGAAACUCAACUUAGGGAAGAUACUCUAAGAGAAGAGUUUUCACAUACAUUGGCUGAUAAGGAAGAGGAAAUAAAGGAGAUGUCAGCAAAGAUUGAGCAUGCUGAGCAGUCCUUGACAACUCUGAAGUUGGAGUUGAAAGCUGCUGAGGCAAAGAUUAAGAGUUAUGACACAGAAGUAUCCUCACUAAAGGUUGAAAUCAGGGAGUUAAUUGACAAGGUAGAAAAUACUAAUGUCAAGGCUCUGUCAUUUGAGAGAGAAACGAAGAUAUUGGAACAGGAGAAGACCCAUUUGGAGCAGAAGUACUCAUCCGAGUUCAAGAGGUUUGCAGAAGUUGAAGAAAGGUGUAGAUCAGCUGAGAAAGAAGCAAAGAAAGCUACAGAAUUGGCUGAUAGAGCACGGGCAGAAGCAGUAGCUGCUCAAAAGGAGAAAAGCGAGAUACAAAGGAUGGCAAUGGAAAGAUUGGCUCAGAUUGAGAGGGCCGAGAGGCAAAUUGAGAACUUGGAGAGACAGAAAACAGACUUGGAGGAUGAACUACAUAGGAUACGUUUGUCAGAGAUGGAUGCAGUUUCAAAAGUCGGUUUGCUAGAAGCUAGAGUUGAAGAGAGGGAGAAAGAGAUCGAGUCAUUAUUGAAGACAAACAAUGAUCAAAGAUCUAGCACAGUCAAAGUCCUUCAAGAUCUUUUGGACUCUGAACGUGUGGCUCAUGCAGAUGCAAACAAAAGGGCCGAAGUACUUUCUCUUCAGCUGCAAGCUGCACAGGCAAAACUCGAUUCACUUCAGCAGGAGUUGACUUCUGUUCAUCUCAAUGAAACGGCAUUGGAUAGUAAGCUCAGAACUGCUUCCCAUGGAAAGAGAUUGAGGGCAGAUGAUGUGGAAAUGGGGGUGGGAUCUGUGCAAGAUAUAGACAUGAGUGAUAGAAUUUUAAGAGCAAAUAAGAAGUCCAGGAGCACUACUAGCCCCGUUUUGUAUUCACAGUCAGGUGAUGGUGGAUCAGUGUUCAAAGGGGGUGAUGACAACCAGAAUCCGCAAAACAAUCAGGAGGAUUAUACGAAGUUCACAGUACAAAAACUUAAGCAGGAACUGACGAAACAUAAUUUUGGGGCGGAAUUGCUUGGGCUGCGUAAUCCAAACAAGAAAGAAAUCCUCGCACUGUAUGAGAAGUUUGUUCUGCAGAAAUCAUAACAAUUUUUUCAGUUGAUUAAAUGAGUUGUAUAAGGGUAAUGCAUGUAUUCUACCAUGUAGCUGAUAAUAAUUAUGUGUGUUAUUAGGCUAGGGAAGGAGAAAUUUAUCAACUCCUGGAAAUUCUGACCAACGUACGUUAAUCAAAAGUCGAUGUGUCUUUUGUUUAAA